AGGGCGGCGCGGCGCGUCGGCACGGGCGGUUCUGUGACGGGCGGUGGUUCAGUGACAGUGACGCCGGAGGUGACAGCAGUGGAAAAGGGCUGAUGAUGUGUGAGCGUCCCGUGCGCGUGUAGUGGAUCUGGUGUUUUGUGGGAGACUUCGUGAAACAGAACGAAGUGACACAGACACCCAGUAGCGGGAGAUUUCAGUGUGACAAAAAAAAGGAGACAGAGCUAGCAGCGAUGAGGUGGAGGACGAGGAAUCCUCUCGAGGACCGGUGUAGCCUCCGGCUGAGUCUGGUGGCGACAGGUCUUCUGCUUCAUCUCAUAUCCGGUGCAUCCGGAGAUUCUUCACAAUUGUCCGGCAGCGCUGCCAGCCCCUCCUCCGCGGCGGCCCUGGAUGUGUCGGAGGGUAGCGGGAAUGGACUUGUGAGGGCAGAGACUCGUCUCAGCUCCCCAACCGUCGCUGAGGAUGAGUCAGAUGCUCAGGAUAGCUUUGCAAUGGAGCUGCUCAGUGCCGUUGAGCUGCACCUAGGUGGUGAUGAGGGCAGCAAAGGACGGGGCUCAGUUGCAGAGGUAGCGCUGGACAACAGCGAAAAUAUCGAGGACGAACAGCUACUCGAAGUGGUGCCGGAAAACGACAGCGCAUCGUUGUCAACAUCUGUGGAGGGGGAACCAAUCAAAGCUCUGCCACCAGCUUCAUCAGAGACGAGCACCAGUCCAAAGUCCAGUACAACCAUCACCGCUACCAGCGACUCGCCUGACGUUACAGCUACACCGUCGCCUACCACUGGCUCUGACGUCAGUACUGAGGCGGUGCCAGUAACCUUGAGCCAGGAAGCGUCGAUGGAAUCUUCAUCAACAGUGGUAACAUCUGCACCAUCAACCACCGAGUCAGCGCCUUCAACUGACUUCACCGCGACCACCGAGACCGUGGGCGAGGCUCGAUCGUCCGAUUCGACACCCUUGUCUGAGGAGGCGUCCGAGGCUGCUGGGCCCACCCCUCCGUCCGACGGAACGGGAACCACGGCUUCCGACGAUUACAGCAGCACUCCCGAGGACGUCAGCUCCUGGAGAUCGGCUGGUAUCACCACAGGUAUCACUACUCCGUCUGACGAGACCGGUGACACGCUACCUCCGUGGACUCCCGAGCCCAGCUUCGAGACACCCACCGGACGUCCUCUUCGGAAGAGCUCCCGGCGAGGCGACCCGGACAUUCACACCGUACUCAACAACAUCCUCAGCAUCAUCGGCGGUAACGUGCGCGUGCGCGGCCAGCCGGCGCCUUCACUCCAGCCUCCUGCCAGCGGAAGCAACCGGAUCAACAACCGCGGACCACCGCAGUUCGUGGCCGGCACCGGGCCGGGUCCGCUGCCGCCGCCGCGGCCGCUGGUCGGAGGACUUCCACCCACUCAGGUGGCACCGCCGCCACGGAGGAAGACGACGUCAGAGAGGGUGCCAAAUACCGCCCCUGCAGGACUGGUCGCAGUGGCAGGGAGCCCAACCGUGUCGCCAACCCCGGUACUGACUUCGUCCGACGCUUUCCUGCGGACCAGUGGUGGAUCGGAUGUCAGUCAGACUCCAUUGAGCUCACCUUCUCCGACUCGGGAGGUUACAAAGGCUCCCAGUUCAGCUCUGCCGGAGCGGGAUACCACUUCGAUGGACAGCGAUACAACCAACACCUCACCAAUCCCGACUAGGAGUACAACUGAUAACGAGCCUAGCGCAACCGACAGGGAGACGACGACAACCGACGCUGACAUCCCUCUUCCGCCCACCAUUCCGACCAGUGUGACAUCAGCUGGUGCAACAACUGUUGAAUCUGUACCAAUCACAGCCACGGGCGAUGAGAAGGGAGCGAAAACAACUCCGUCAUCAGCCACGUACCCAGCCUUACCAUCACCAACUGAUCCUUCCAACAUUUCGGAAACCGAGUCAAGUGGAACUGCGAAGCCAAUUGGCGAACCGGCACGGUCCGAUCCAACCGACCAGCCUACGGAUACCCCAGCAACCACUGCAGUGGCGUCACUCUCGGCUCUGCUCGGUACUUCUUCCGAUCCUGACACUUCAUCUGCUGAGGAGACUUCUCCUAAACGCCCCUUCAUGCCUGUCAGACCAGCCUCCAUACCACCCCUCACGAGCCGACCCCGCAGACCACUCCGACCAGCGUCUUCUUCCCGUCCUGCUUCCCUGUUUGAGCGUCUGAGAGAAUCUAUGAAGCCAACAGCAGCGACGGCAUCCAGGCCGCCCCAGAGAAGACCAUGGCCUCCUCCAGCGGACGAAACGGAUCAGACUACAGGUGACAGCCGCGAUGAAGAAGAGACUACGGUUUCCUGGACUGGGACGUCGGAGAGUGCUGAUAUGCUGGCUGAGGACUCGAUGACAACGUUCAGCGUGGGAACGGAGAGUCCUCUGACGACCCAGAUGGAGGUCCAGACAACUGCGCCGUGGGAGAUCACCACUGAGACCACGCCUGGUACGACAGAGGAAGGCACCGCUGCGAGUGAAGGAAGCGACAACACCGUCACAGACCAGCCGACAGGAACUCCGUCCCCUGCCGACCCCGAUUCGACCACCACAGCCGCCACGGCCGACACAUCGCCUCCGCCGGCCCCGUCCUCCCUGGGCGUGGGCACUGCCGUGGCCGUGUCCGCCGAGGACCUGGUCCGACCGGCCUCCCCGCCCAGCCGGUGGCCCAACGGCCGGCCGGGCAUGACGUCCCGGCCCCGGCCGCCGGCGGCCACCCCGCCUCUGGCCGCCGCCGGCCGGCCCGGCCUGGUGCUGGACGCCGCCGCUCCGCACCGACCGGCCGGGGUGCGGCCCGACCAGCGGCGUCCCGAGCCGGUCAUACUCACGGCGCCGACUCCGGCCGUCGGAGACGUGAUCGACGUGACGGUAUCGGCAGUGCAUGGUCUCGGAACGGGUCCCCCGCCUCCACCACCGCCCUCCCGUCAGCCCACCAGAGCUCCGACCCAGGAGUCGACCCAGCCCUCCGCCUCCACGGGACAGCCUUACGUCAUACCAGUGGACAUCAACGAGCUGCGUCAGCCGGGCGGCAUCAUCACACGUCCGAACCCGUCCGACAGCUUCGUCUCCAUCGACGGCCGCCGGACCUACUUCAACCUGGAGCCGACUGAUGUCGACCGACGGGGCAGCUAUCAGACCGUGGGCGCCGGUGUUGGUUUCGCCGGACAGGCGGUGCCACAGCCUCCAGGAGCGGCCUCUCCGUCCUGGGGCGGUCGGCCGUCCAGCGGUGGCAGCUCUCCCAGCCCGGGCGAGCGGCGCUCCGACCGACCUGUGACCCGACCCGGGAGCAGACCCGGUCAGAAGACAGGGUCACCGUACCCCGGUCUGCGACGGAGGCCGUCCCCGCCACCAGUCAGGAUCGACACGUGCAUUGUGGGCGACGACAGCACAUGUAAGAAGGCGUUCAACGAGCGCUGCCUUACCGAGGACGGCGUCUCCUCGUGCGUGUGUCGGCCCGGCUACAGCCGACUGCGACCCCGCACCGUCUGCAAACGCGUGGUGUCGGUGGUGAUGUCGGUGAAGGUGGACGGCGUGGACGGACAGCGUCUCUCCUGGGACUCUGACUUCAGUGACCCGCAGACGGAGGCCUUCCAGCAGCUGGCCUGGGACGCCAAGAACGCGAUCAACUCCGCCAUGACGCAGACCACCAUGAAGGACAUCUACAUGGGCAACGCGGUGAACUCGUUCUACUCGCUCGGCGGCCGUCUGAUCCUGAACACGACGGUCAGUCUGCUGGACACGCCACAGACCCGACUGCGGCAGGUGAAGACCGAGCUGCAGCGACAGAUGCUCCGCGUCAUCAAGGCCAAGGAUAACAACAUUGGAGACUCGACGCUGUUCGUGGAGGGUCCGCUGAACCCCAUACCGGGCGUGCAGGAUCUCAACGAAUGCAGCGCGCCUGAGCUACAUGACUGCGACGAGAACGCUGUGUGCAGCAAUGUGUUCGGAACCUUCCUCUGCCGGUGUCGGCCCGGCUUUGACGACAGAUAUCGCAGCGACGUGGCGCGUGCGGGUCGGGCCUGUGCCUCCUGCUCUGACGACUACUGCGGAGGCCACGGCACGUGUCAGAUCAGCGACGGAGUCAAAACCUGCCUGUGCCGCGGCUCGUACUACGGCGCUCGCUGUGACAUUGACGGUGAAGUGCUGGGCGCCGCUCUGGGAGCCACGGCAGCAGCCGCGCUGGUUAUCAUAGCUACCUUCGUCGGACUCUGCCAGUGGAGCAAACGCUGGCACAAGGGUCGCGGCCGCAGCAAGCUGGAGCUGGGCACGAUGGGCGCUGCCAACACGUUCAAUUUCGUGAAGCCCGGACCCGGCGGACCGCAGCCGGCCUAUGCGCUCGGCAUGGACGAGCGAAUGCAGUGGGGCCGGCCCGGCGACAGCAUGGGCCACCAGAAUAUAUACGCGCCGGAGCCAAUGAUGGGAGCCGCGGCUCCGCGCUCCCACCUGGGCCCGUACGGCUCCCGGGAGCAGGCCUUGUACGGCUCCCAGGUGCCCCUGUACGGCCCCAAGCCCACCGGGCAGGACGGGCCGGCCAGCCUCAACAUCACAGCCGGCCGCACCUCGUACCCGGCCCACAUCCGUCGAGCGCGCACGCCCGGCGCGCUCAGUGAGCGGGCGGCGCCGUCUCGCGGCUCGCGCACCCCGGUACCGCUGCCAGACUACGACGACGACGAGCGAGAGGAGCGGCAGUCGACGGCGCGCGGCUACCCGCCCGUGCCGCGGCCGCGCUCCCGCGGCUCCGUGGCGAACCAAAGUCUGGUGUAUUACGACAUCCACGACUUUGAGCAGCGCGAGACGCUGCGAGGCCCGGGCCGGGGGCCACCUCCCAUGUCCACGUACAGCAGUAGAACCAGCAACUACUUCCGGUAGAGGAGUACUGCUUAGCGGGAGUGGCCUAGCCGACCAAAGAUACACCGCUCACGCAGCGUGGACUCAGUGCUGAACGGUCAGUGGGUGCAUUGUGCGGCGACACGAACAAUGUGUCUCAUCGAUAUUGUGAGACAGUGAGUCGGCAGUGUCUCAUCACUGAAGCAGUGAGCUGAAAGCGCCUCAUCAAUACCGUGCAGUGGCGUUGCUAUUGUCUCACCGAUAAAGUGAGCCAGUGAGCUAUUAUCCCUCACAGACACAGUUCAUGGUGCUGAUUAGGGACGAUGAACUAUUCGCGGGAAAGGUGUCACAUCCAGUACGUGAGGUCUUCCCAGUGACAUGCACAAAAAGUUCGCCGAACUGAUCUUUUAAGAUCGGUAAUGUAUAUGAAUGUGAAGAUAAGACUGAGAAGAUAAGACAUCAUGCUGUGUCGGCAUAGAUGAUUGUAGUAACUACAGUCUACAGUUGUCUGUGAUUAUGUCUGUACUGUUGAUGACUGCUGUUUUGUGAAGUAUUUUACUUGAUGUUUCAUAGUGUUUGUGCGUUCAUAAUAUUUUGCUAUCGUUAAAUGACGUGGAAAUACUUUUGUGAAAUAUGAUGUCAUGCAAUUGUAAUACAUAUUCAAUCAUAACGCA